UCACUAUAGUCUAUACACAAGUAUGUCGAAUGUCUGCGAACUGCGAACUGUGAGAAGUUUAUCGCAAAAAGAAACACCGAUGAAACUUUUGUUUUGAAAUAAAAUAAAAUUUAAACUUUAACCAUGGUUAAAGCUUGGUACAUGGAUAACGAAACCAAUGAUCAGCGUCUGGAGCACCACCGGAACCCUCCCGAGUUUGUUACACUUGAAGAUUUAUAUACAAAAACUGGGGUCGAAUAUUUUAAUAUAAAUGUAGAAACCUACACAACAGAUGGUGUGCUAGAUAAAAUUAAAAAAGACAGAGGUUACACUUACGAAGAUGAAAUCACCUGCUCGAAGGAGUGCCUCCCAAACUAUGAAGAGAAGAUAAAAUCGUUUUAUGAGGAACAUCUUCACACAGAUGAAGAAAUAAGAUUUGUGCUGGAGGGGUCUGGCUACUUCGACGUGCGCGAUGGUGAGGACCAGUGGAUUCGCAUUGCAGUCACUGCUGGAGACAUGAUCGUCAUACCCAGUGGGAUCUACCACCGGUUCACAUUGGAUACUAAUAACUUCAUCCACGCUAAGCGUUUCUUCAUCGGCGAGCCGGUGUGGUUGCCAUACAACCGGCCGGCAGACAACAUGCCCGCUCGCCAAGACUAUCUGCACAAGCUAAAUCAAGGAUUCAUCGCCGCCUGAAGUACCGUACGCCCGUUUUCACUCAACGUUUCCACUAACGACUAAUAAGGCAAUGCGUAAAUUAGUAACGCCUGAUCAAAGAUUCAUAGGCACACAUUUACCUUUCACCAAUCGAUUUUCACUAGGCAACUCAUAUAACCUAAUUUAUCUAUGGUUCUCGCCACAAGGUUUGGUAUUUUGUGUUUGUAUUAUCAUAUUUUUAUUAUUUCUUAAGGGUUUAAGGUUAUUAAACAAAAUCAUUUUUUUUUCCAUCUGCUAAGUACCAGUUUAAGAGUUCCUAAACAUUACUCACUGCCGAAUCGUUGUUGUAACUUUAGAUGGCGCUUAAGAGUAGGUGAAAGGUUUUUUUUUUGUCUACGCUGCACCUAAAUAAUUUUUCAUCCGAUUUAAGCGUUUCCUAGGUUAAUUAAAAACGGGCAUUAGUAUGAUUUGCAUGCUCGCAAUCUAGGAGUAAUAACGAGAAUCGAAACUGUGGAACGUCAGGGUAAAAUAAAUCUUAUUUUUAUAGAUGUAAAGCUCAAAUUUGCUCACAAUUCCACAGCUUUGGCUUUUGGCAUAAUUUUAGUAAAAUAAAAAUCAAAUCAGUGGCAGUCCUUUGUCAUAAGGUCUAUUUUAUUUUGACGGUUUACUACUUACUCAUGACAACCCUAUUUAAGAUGAAAUACCAACACGUGCAUAGUACCUAACUUGAUUUUAAU